AUGAAGUGGUCUGUCGUUCAAUCUCUUGCGCUGGCCUCGGGCGUCCAGGCCCAUGGCUACCUCUCACUACCCAUGAGCCGGACCGGGCUCAACGCUCAAGCUGGACCAGACACUUGUCCGGAGUGCACCAUCCUCGAGCCGGUCACGGCUUGGCCCACCCUCGACUCGGCCCAGGUCGGCCGCACAGGACCGUGCGGCUACAACGCCCGCGUCAGCGUCGACUACAACCAGCCCGGGCCCCGCUGGGGGACGGCCCCGGUGGCGACCUACAAGGGCGGCGACGUGGUCGACGUGCAGUGGUGCGUCGACAACAACGGCGACCACGGCGGCAUGUUCAGCUACCGCAUCUGCCAAGACCAGGCCCUCGUCGACAAGUUCUUGACGCCAGGCUACCUGCCCACCGAGGCUGAGAAGCAGGCUGCCGAAGACUGCUUCAGGGCCGGCACCCUGCCCUGCACCGACGUCAGCGGGCAGUCGUGCGGUUUCAGCCCGGACUGCAGUCCAGGCCAGGCCUGUUGGAGGAACGACUGGUUCACGUGCAAGGGGUUCCAGGACACAAAGUGCAGGGGUGUUGACAACGCUCCGUUAAACUCUUGCUACACCAGCAUCGCCGGCGGUUACACGGUCUCUUCGCGGAUCAAAAUCCCAAACUACGUUUCGAACCACACCCUGCUGUCCUUCAAAUGGAACUCGUUCCAGACGCCACAGAUCUACCUGACCUGCGCCGACAUCAAAAUAACAGGCCCGGACUCCCCGGCCAACCCGCCACCCACCACGACCAGCACGACGGCGAGCGCGCCACCCACGGGCUGCGCCACGCCGGCCGCGAGCGUGAGCGUCACCUUCCGGUCCAAGACGACCACGGUGGUCGGGCAGACGGUCAAGAUCGCCGGGUCCAUAGCGCAGCUGGGCGGCUGGGACGCGUCCAAGGCGCCGGCCCUGUCCGCCUCUCAGUACACGGCUUCCGACCCCCUGUGGACCACCACCAUCAGCCUGCCGGCCGGUGUGAGUUUCGAAUACAAAUUUAUCAGGGUCGAGAGCAGCGGUGCGGUCACGUACGAGUCGGGUGCCAACAGGGCCUACACGGUGCCGCGGGGCUGCGCGGGAACGGCGACGGUGGAUACGGCCUGGAAGUAG